GGCGGGACCAUCUCGUCUUGCUUCCGGCCCCGGGCUCAUGAGUGGCUCCCGCUCUCAUUCGUGCGUUGCCUGCUGUCCAUCCUCCGUGCUCCCCGCAACCUUCCCUCCGUGUGCGGGGGCUUUUCUUCCAUGGAAUCGAUGUCGAAAGCGAUGACCCAAUUUCGUUUGGCCCUCAUCCAGCUCCGUGUGUCUUCUGUCAAGUCAGAUAACCUGACUCGAGCUGGUGAGUUUAUCAAGAAGGCAGCAAGCCAAGGAGCCAAAAUUAUAACUCUUCCUGAGUGCUUUAAUUCUCCCUAUGGCACAAACUACUUUCCUGAAUAUGCAGAGACAAUCCCUGGUGAAUCCACACAAAGGCUUUCUGAUUUAGCCAAGGAAUGCCAAGUUUAUCUCAUUGGAGGCUCCAUUCCCGAAGAAGAUGGUGGAAAAUUUUACAAUACCUGUACUGUAUUUGGUCCUGAUGGAACUCUCUUGACAAAGCACAGAAAGCUUCAUUUGUUUGACAUUGAUGUUCCUGGGCGGAUUCGAUUCCAAGAAUCAGAAACGUUGAGUGCUGGUGACAGUCUCUCCAUGUUUGAAACCCCUUACUGCAAAGUGGGCGUGGGGAUUUGCUAUGACAUUCGCUUUGCAGAACUUGCACAAGUCUACUGUCAGAAAGGUUGCCAGCUCCUGGUAUACCCUGGUGCUUUUAAUUUGACCACUGGACCAGCACAUUGGGAGCUGCUCCAGCGAGGCCGUGCUGUAGACAACCAAGUGUUUGUGGCCACUGCCUCCCCUGCCAGGGAUGUAGAUGCCUCAUACGUAGCCUGGGGACACAGCACGGUGGUGAGUCCUUGGGGAGAAAUUUUAGCCCAGGCCGGCAUCGACGAAACUGUUGUGUACGCAAACGUAGACCUGAAGAAGUUGGUUGAAGUUCGCCAACAAAUCCCUGUUCUCAGCCAGAAGAGGAGAGACCUUUAUGCCGUGGAGUGGAAAAAGCCCUGAGGGGUGGAGGAAGAGGGGCUUCUAUGCCUGGAUCUUUAAAUUCUUAUCUGGAUCUCCCUGUUUUUUAAAAAUCUCAACCUUUUUCUAGCAGUGAAGGGUAAAGAAACUAAUGAGAUUACAGAACGUUUUUAUUAUUAGCCAUUGGCUUGUAAUGGACAUGCUGACCAAAGUAGUUAGCAGAAUGAAGUGUUAGAUCCUGAUCGGGUGCAAAAUUCACAUAAAACUGAGGUGCCUGUGGCCAAAACUAUUACAUUGCUGUUCUCCAGAAUUUACUAAGAUUUCAGACGUGGCCAAUGUGUUGGAUUAUUUUGUUUGAUUAUACUUGUACCUUAAAAGGGAGAGCUCCUAUUCUGCAGUUGUGGGGCCUGGGUGUUGAGUUAACUGCCUAGUGACUGAGAUGGGAAGAAAAGAAGGAAGAGCAUACAUUAAAAACUGGAAAAGAGUAAGUUCAGGGGGAGAAAGGGGCAGUUUUGUGAAGUUUCCUCUUUUGUACUUUAAAUGUUUGUGUUAAGUACACAAUAAGAAUUAUUUAAAGAUAACUUUAAAUUUGCAUUAAAAUUAAAAAAUACGGGGCCUCUUCCUUUGUGGGCAUGGUUGUCCUCACCAAUAAAGUCUCUCAGAUUUACUAACAUA